GUUCUGUCUCCAUAUCCGGUGAACUUGACGCAGGUGUUGCAGGUUGUCGCGGUUAAAUCUUUACCUUUGUGAAAUGACCGUUGAUCUAACCGAUGACAGCCAUGACUGAACCGACAGAAACCUCCGGUAUUCACGGAGCCGCGGAGCCGGUGGAGUCCGUCUCAGCGGCUGUUAAAGACGAAACUUCCCUCGUGAAGGCUUUUGAAAACACCUUGGAAAUAUCACAGGAGGUGAAACAGACUGAAGGUGCAGCCUCAGAGGAGACGGAGCAGGACAGACAGACAGUCGCUCCACCUGCAGCUGAGACCUCCUCCGCUGAGUCAAGGUGGGUGGUCGGAGCUCAGUGUCGGGCCGUGUGGUCGGAGGACGGGCGGGUGUAUCCGGCGACGGUGGUGUCUGUGGACGGCGAGCGCUGCAGGGUUCGUUUUAUCAGCUACGGCAACGAGGAGGAUGUGGAACUGAGCGCGCUCAUGGCGCCCAAAGCUGCUCCGCCCACGCAGAGACAGAACUCUGAGGACUGGAGUCCUGGUUCUCGGUGUCGGGCCGUGUACUCGGAGGACGGACUGGUUUAUCCAGCCGUGGUUCUGUGGGUCAAAGGUCAGCGCUGCCGCAUUCGAUUUGACGACUACAACAACGAGGAGGAACAGGAUGUCAGCAGCCUGCUGAGCCCCGACGAGCUCCACGGACCCAGCAGAACCACCGCCAAGGUGUCGGUGCAGGGCAGCAGCUGGAAGUCCAGUUCACCCAGCAGCACCUCUGACUGGGGGAGGAGGAGGAGGAGAGAGGAGAGCCAGGGGGACAGAGGGGGAGACAGGAGGUCAGGGUGGAGAGACGAGCAGCAGAGCUCCUCCUGGCAGGGUAAAGAGAGGCUCAGUAAUCAGAGUAAAGUGGAGAGAGAAGCCGAGGAGAGAAGAAGAGGAAACCAGCCGAGAGAUGAAGUAGAGAAACCGACCAAUCACAGCUUCUCUGUCUUCCCUCCGUUCCCUCCUCCCUCUCACCUGGGCUCAGGGGACCCUCUGUCCUUCAUCCCUCCUCCUCCUCCUCCUCCUCUCUGGACGUCCGGAGGGAAUGAGUCCCCCGGCUCCUCAAGAGUCGACGCCACCUCCAGCAUGUUGAUGCUGUGGUACACCUGUGGUUUCCACACCGGCAGCUACAUGGCUCAGCAGCAGCUCAGGUCGACCUCCAAAGACUGAGGCAACAACACACAGAGCCAGAGAGAAUAAUGAGACGAGAAGCAGCCGGGACGAUCGUCUUUCACUCACUGCACUUUUUUCUUUUGGGUAUUUUAAAGAGACUUUUAUUUGCUCUUAGUUGAGAGUUUCCGUGGAGAAGCUGAGGUUCUCUGACGAAGCAGUGUGUUUGUGUUGAGACGAGUUCAGAGAAGUUUGUGUGUUUCUGUGAAGCUGUUUUUUCUUUGAUUAUGUUCAGAGUUUGAGCGUUGGUCGAUAAAACGCUGAAAACUGUGCUGUUAGAAAAUGAAAUGAAGAGAUUUGGAACAAAGAGAGUUGUGUUAUUAAAAAGAAAAGGUGGACAAAUAUUUGUGCUUUUCAUCUUCGUCUUUGA